UUAGAGAAACGCCAUCAUAGCUUUCCGCACUUUCCGUGUUCGGCUCUCAGCACUGUCAACAGAAUGGACAGCAAUGCUCAAGGAGGUAAAGCAUACGGUCUUCUCAAGUCUCAACAGGAAGAAAGACUGGACUCGAUCAAUGAGGCUUUUCUCUCAGACCCCAAGUAUGCAGAAGAGGAAGACCUAAGUUCAAAGCUUGACAUGUUUAAAAAGAAAUACAUGGAGUUUGAUCUCAACGACAAAGGAGAAUUAGAUUUAAUGGGGUUAAAACAAAUGCUGGAAAAACUCGGAUUGGCCAAGACUCACUUAGAGCUGAAAAAGAUGAUGGCAGAGGUCGCUGGAGGGCCAUCGAAAGACACCCUCAGCUACAGUGACUUCCUGAAUAUGAUGCUGGGAAAAAGAAAUGGAAUUCUAAAACUGAUCUUGAUGUUUGAAGGCAUGGGAAAGGAGCAGGAGCACAAAGAUGUUGCACCACCUCGUCGCAAAACCUUUUCUGAUCUGCCUUGAAAGAGCUCUUCAUCCCAGGAGGGAUUACUUUUUUCAGAUUUAAAUAUAACCCAAAUCUUUAAAAUCCAUGUCAAUAGAAAAAACAAAACACCAACCAUACUGUAUAAUGUGCAUUAUGAAGAAAUGGAAUCUACAUGAAAUGCUUUGGAUAUAGUGGACUACCAAAGCCUGCUUAAUCCAUAUGAUAUUGCUUUAGCUACUUAAUUAAAUAGAACACAGGGCCGAUUCAUAUCUGGACUCUACAUGACCAUUAUCGUGUCAGACAAAAUACCAUAAUAUGUACAAUAUAGGAAUAGCACCGUUUUAUACAAGGUGAAAGCCAUGAUUCAAAGCAUAAAUUCAAUGGUAGUUUUGUUGGAAAUUCAUUAAAGUGAAUGAAAAUAAA